AUGAUCUUAUUUAACUCUUAAUGUUUUUCAGGGGCGACCUGGAUUACCUGGGGUACCUGGCAGCAAAGGAGAAAAGGGAGAUCUAGGUGGGCCAAAAGGAGACAAAGGUGAUCGUGGGGAUAGAGGGCAAGAAGGUAGUCCGGGUCGUGACGGAAAUCCCGGCCCUCCUGGUCCUCCUGGGCCGAAAUCGGCUGAUGAAAUGACGAGAUACAUUCCAGUACCAGGUCCUCCUGGUCCACCAGGUCCUCCGGGAGUUCCAGGGUUAUCUAUAACGGGGCCGAAAGGCGAGCCCGGCAGUCCAGGAUUCGCAGAUGUGGUACAGUACAGCCGUCCAGGAAGAGCCACGGCGAGUCCUCCCGUCUUUCAGAUUCCAGAAAAUCAGCUUCCUUCAGCACAGAUCGUUCCAGGAACGGUCACUUUUCAGGACCGCGCAGCUAUGACUAAAAUGUCAUCGGUUAGUCCCGUGGGAACUUUGGCAUAUAUCAUCGAAGAAGAAGCAUUACUCUUACGUGUUAAUAAUGGCUGGCAAUAUGUUGCGUUGGGAUCGCUUCUUCAUAUUACAACAUCGGCUCCACCAACAACAAGUAGUCCUCAAAUUCGUCCUCCAUUCGAAGCCAGUAACCUCAUCAAUCACAUAUCCAAACCAGUUGAUGCUUCGCACAUACGAUUAGCCGCCCUGAACGAGGCGUACGCCGGUGAUGUGCAUGGAGUACGCGGAGCAGAUUAUGCGUGUUAUCGUGAAGCGAGAAGAGCCGGCCUCCGAGGAACCUUCAGAGCGCUGCUAUCAUCGAGGGUGCAAAAUAUAGAUUCCAUAGUGCGGCAGGCUGACAGGAUACUACCUGUCUCCAAUCUGAGAGGAGAGGUUCUUUUCAACUCAUGGUACGGAUAA